AUGAAGCGGCUCCUUGCUAUCAGCGCCCUCACCAGCGGCGUCCUGAGCAUGACCAACGGUUGCUCGUCUGACCAGACCAAUGUCUUCGACGAGUCCGGCAACGCCUACUGCGAGCCCGCCGUCACUACCAUCAAGUACACUGGCGUCGGCGGCACCGGCCAGUACGACACUGUCAGCAGCAUCGACACGGCCGGAGCCUGCUCCUGGGCCUCGAAGUCCUAUGGCGGCUCGCUUGCGCCCUAUGACGAGGAGAUCGGUAUCAUCUUCCGUGGCCCUCUGAAGUUGCGUCAGUUCGCGGCCUACAGCGCCGACAGCUCCGCCAGCAAGCUGAAGAAGCGCACCGAAGAGCGCAAGGCCGAGAAGGCGAAGCGCUCUGCUCGCCCCAGCCCCCACGAGCGUCGUCAUGGACACGGCCACCAGCACUUCCACGAGCGCCAGAAGGAGAAGCGCGGCGUGGGCGACAUGGUUACGGCCGUCAUUGACGGUCAGCUCGUCUCGUGGAUCAACACUUACGCUGGUCCCACUGCUGCCGCCGACGCGAACGCCGGCGCUGAGGACUCUGGCGCGGUUCUCAGCGUGGACCUCAGCGUUGGUGUCGCUGAGGCUACCUCGACUUCCUCAUCCGUCGCCGCCGCGACUGCUACUUCUUCUGCCUCCAGCGGUGACAAGGAGAGCGUUGACAGCGACGACACCAGCGGCGAAUGGACUCGCAUCUCUUACUACAAUUCGGAGGAGAAGACCAAGGAGGGCCUUACUUUCCUCACCCACCCUGCUUGGCAGAAUGUGCUUGCGUUCGCCGGUACUUCGGGCUCCGAUCAGGCCUCUGAGUCCACUUGCUUUGGCGGCGAGCUCGAAAACGCCGACGAGAUGAUCAUCAUGACUGACUCUCCUUGCUCUGAGGAUAUUGGCACUGAGUGUGCCUACUUCAAGACUGGUGAUGAGGCUUACCACGGUUUCGGUGGCACCAAGAAGGCCUUCUUCUUCGAGUUCCAGAUGCCUGACUCUGGCACCAACUGCUCUGUCAAUGAGAUGGCCAGCAAGUACGUCGCGGAUAACAUGCCCGCCAUCUGGACGCUCAACGCCAAGAUCUUGACCGAUCAGUAUGGCUGCAACUGCCAGGCUACGGGCUGUGGUGAGCUUGACCUCUUCGAGGUCCUCAACCCUGGCAACAAGCGCAUGAAGUCGACCUUCCACGGCAACACUGGCUUCAACGGCGGUGACUCCCACUACAUCGAGCGCCCCUUCGAUACGUACAUGAGCGCCAUUGCCGUCCUGGAUGAUGAUACCCUCGUCAUCAAGGUGCUCGAGGAUGGCACCGAGGCCCCGAAGAGUCUUACCCAGGCCAAGAUCGACGAGUGGACCGGCAAGGACAACGAUAGCGAGCUGGCCAACAUUCUUGGAGAGCUGGCCGUCUUCGUCAUGUCCCUUUAA